AUGUCUUUAUCGGCAGCCAAUCAAUUAUUAGUGUUUGCCUACGGUCGAAAUAUCAAAAAUAAAUUAUUAUAUUGUUCGUCUCGUCCAGGAGAUCGUGAUGCAUCUUCUUUAAUUAUCGAAAGAUUGCGAGAAGUUCUGAUUGAAUCCGCUGAAUCGGAUGAUUUGAAAAUUGGAGUUCCGUUGGCACCAGCGAUGACACAUGCAAUUUGUUGUGAGUUUUUUCUCGGUGUUACUUAUUUUUCAGAGUUACUCUAACUCAAAAAUGAAUUCUCAAAAAAAAGUUUAAUUUUGUUCUACAAAAACUUCGAAAGUUCUCCAGAUAUGAAGAAGGAUAAUAAGCGAAUAACCGCUGAAGCUUGCGCUGAUUCCUUAAAUACCGCAAAUCCGACAUCUUCAACAAAUGAUCAAUCGGAAGAAAGCGAUGAAAAAAGUAUAACUCGCGCAGUUGUUAUUGGAAUCACACCAGUUUGUGGCGGAGAACACAGUUCACUUAUGAAUCUCUUCUUUUCGGCUGCAAAACAGAAUAUUUGUGUUGAUGUGAUUUCGUUGGCCGAUGAUAAUAAUGGCGGGAUUUUACAACAGGCGGCUGAUAUUACUGGAGGAUUGUUUUUGCAUACACCGAAUCCCACUAAUUUAUUGAAAGUUUUGAUGGUAAUUGAAUAGAUCUUUUUUGAAGAUUGGCAACAUAUUUUAAAUUUCGUUUUUUUCAGACUCAUGUUCUUGCUGAUCCUGCUUAUCGUGCAUCUUUUCCACAACCAACUCUUGAUGUGAGAUUUUUUUUCGAAUUUUUAUACCAAAAAUGAUGACAAAUAGUAGGGUGUAAUUCCGGAGCAUCGUUAAAAACCGUAUUGUUUCUCGAUUCGAAAAUUCUGAAUUUUCAUAAUUUCUCUUUGCCGUCAAGGCGGAGCAUCGUUGUUAUUUAUUCAAUUCGAAUUGCGAAUUUCCCGCCUAGAAGUACGGCGUUAACCCGGAGCAUCGUUUAAUUUAGGAGAAAGAUAUCCUAACUUUUAAAAAAUUUUCAAAUUUUGUAUUUCCAACAAUAAUUUUACAGUCAGUUGAUUACCGUGCUUCAUGUGCUUGUCAUCAUCAAUUGGUUUCAAAUGGCUGGGUUUGCUCAGUUUGUUUAUCCGUUUUAUGUCAAUAUAUGCCAAUUUGCAAAGUUUGUAAAUCAGUCUUCAAAAUGACACAUUUACCAAAAAAGAUUCUCAAAAGAAAACGCAAAGAUUAA